CGUUGCUCCAACUGCCUUCGCCGCUGCAUCAUACCCAGAAGGUUGAAAUUUCGUGUCUGGUUUCUUAGCAUGGGAAAAAGUAAAGCUCCGUAAUCAAGUAUAUACAAAGAUUCGUGGAGUUCUCUGCGUCGUCUCUAUUGCAUCAGCUUCAUGUGCGUCGAACAGCAAAAUGGUCAUGUGCACGUGGAUGGUAAUCGAAUGAAGUCGAGGACGAGCGGAUCGCCCAGCGUCCGGGAUUCCGACUGUCGGAGUCAAAAGAGGCGAGAAUAUAUCGAGCUUAUCACCGAAGCUUUCCAGUGAUUACGGGAGCGGGUCGGUUUUCUCCCAGGCACUGCAAGAGCGGUUGAGAUAAGCUGUUGACCUCCAUUGUUCUGCAACAUGUUUGUCAUGUCCGAUUGUAAAACGCGGGCAUGGCCCGGCAUCGACGUUGCGUCACCUGCUAAUAUUACGGACGAUGAUAUAACCAGCAGUGAAUCACAAAACGUUCGCUCCGAGAAACCGCGCUCUGGGGAGUCUUGGAUGAGGAUGGCAGGGAAGAAAGAGAAGACUGACGGCCCGGCGGAGCUGAUUCAAUCUCUGCGCGGGGAGGGAAUGCCUGCAGUGGGUGAGGCGAUAGUUGCUUUCUUCAGUCAGCAAAAGCACGUAAAAAGACUCCCAGCACUCAAGGGUGAUCAUUUGAAGGGGUAGUCGACCUCGAAGCUUUCAAGAGUCCCUUUCUUUCUUCGUCAAACGAUGUACCAAACCGAGUUCAGAGAAGCUGGUAUCCCGUGUCAAGUGCGUGACAUCCACGUUAGGGAGUGGUUUAACGUAAUCGCCGAUCACACACAUUUUUCAACGACCGGCCAAGAUUGACUUCACCGUUUCUGACUGGUCGAGGGCCCAAACGCUGCGAAGGCAAUGAAGAAAGAUGAAUCUGCGCAGGUACAAAGCGUCUGCGAGACACACUGGGAGAAUUAAUGCCAUGUCAAUUGUCAGCUCCACUUACGUACAGGUCCAUGAAUCCUCACGUGUCAGCACGCCGAGACGCUGAAACUGAGGCGAACUCCAUGAUUCGCCCGUCGUAAAUCAAUGCUGCGAUCGUCACCUCGCUCAGAAAUCAAGUCCGAAUGAAGACGAGCGCCGCGGACGUGCAAGACGGGGACGAAAUUCGAGCUCGGCGCAUCAGCGACGACGCAAGCUUGGGAGCAACCAGCGUCGAAACCUCACUCACAGCAGGAAUCCAACCCGAGAGAAUGGCGCUGCACGUCACAGCAGCGCCGUGGGGCGUAAUCCUCCUCUUCCUGCUGGCACUGCUCUCAUUCAGCUCGCGAGUGGAGUGGCCGCCGAUCGCACCCACAGAAGGGCAAGACCCAUCGUCGUCGUCGCUGAAUGCGCUCUCGGGGUCGGGAUUGCGGAGCGCGGACGAUCAAGACGCGCAGCGAGGCGAGAGCGCGUUCGAUUUCGGGCGGCUAUGGAGGUCGAGCGGGUCGAGCGAGCCCGAGCUCCGGAGCGCGCUGGGCGACCCGGGAAUGCGGUCCGACAAGGUCAGGGUCGCGGCCGAGGCCUGGAACUUCUGCAACCGGGUCGGCAUGCAGACGGACUCCGCCCUCAGCCCCCGCUGGGCCGACUGCGCCGACCUCUCACCGUCCCUUUCCACCUCCGGAGAGCUGGCCGUCGAUGAUCCAGCGUUGCGGGAGGUGCUGUACAAAGUUUCAGACUUCGACAAUGAGCUGAAGACCGGGGACUCAUUUCCGCAGCACGAAGGAGAGGAGUUUCGGUCCGUCGACGACCCGGAUCUGUACGCGGUCGAGAAGGAGAAGUACCUCGCGUCGCUGUGUGCCGUCAACCAGCCGGUACCAUGGCACUUCUGGAUGAUUAUGCUCAAAAAUGGCAACUUCGAUCUGAAGUCCAAUCUUUGUCCCAUAGCGGGCUCUUCGGCUUCCAAUUAUUCAGUCUCGGACGCACGAGCUCAAUCUUACGUCAAGUCUCAGCCGGUGCGCCAGCUGCUGGAGAAGGAAGGUGGAUUCCCUUGCUUUGGACCUGGCUGUAUGAACCAACCUCUUCUCUAUCACAACUGGUCACAACUGGAAAUUAGAGGGGCCAUGGAUUCUGGUGACACGACAAAGAGUCGCAGUAGUCUAACCGGAUCGUUUUAUGGCACCUACGACCUGGAUUCAGAAGACUCGAUGGACAGUUCCUACUUCUCCGUCAGGUGGUAUAAAAAUGAGAGUCCUGGGAGUUGGACCUUUCACCAUGUUUUGAGAGUUUCAGACAAGUACCCAUGGCUGAUGCUGUAUCUGAGGGCCGAUGCCACGAGAGGUGGAUCUGGAGGAUAUCCAUGGGACACUCGGGGCAUGAUGCACACGGUUCCUAAAUCACCGGAUUUCAAGGUUGUAGUUAGUCUGGAUGUGAUCAGAGGAGGAGGUUCAAAAAGUCAAUUUUAUCUUCUGGACAUUGGAGGAUGCUGGAAGAACGAUGGCAAUCCGUGCAAUGGAGACCUUGCCACAGAUGUGACUCGUUACAGUGAGAUGAUAAUAAAUCCAGACAUUGACUCAUGGUGUGCCCCCGACAGCAUUGACCUUUGUCCUCCCUACCAUACCACCGCAGAGGGAGAGAAGAUCCAUCGCAACGACACUGCAAAGUUUCCCUACGAUGCCUACCAUCUGUACUGUGCACCAUACAAUGCACAGCAUGCAGAAAAGCCUUUCAGGGUGUGCGAUCGGUACAGCAAUCCGCAAGCGCAGGAGCUUCAGCAGCUGCUUCCUCACGCUGAGUGGGCUGUACAUGGCUAUCCGGCCAAGAAAGGAGAUGGAUGGGUUGGAGACGCAAGAAAGUGGGAGCUCGACGCAGGAGUACUCUCCAGCAGAUUGUAUUUCUACCAGGACCCUGGAACUCCAGCAGCCGUAAGAAUGUGGCCGUCUGUAGAUGUCGGUACCGAAGUCUACGUAAGCACGACUUCCGAGACGGCUGAAUGGACUGUGAGUGACUUCGACGUCCUGGUUCCAAAAUGAGGCCUUCUCAACACUACCUUAUCGACUCCAGAACAAGCUCUUUAUUGAUGCAGUGUACCCACUAGGCUGCCACUGAUUUGCCCGAAAUUCGAGCUGCAUGUCAAAUUUCUGAGCGAAUACUUUCGAACUCAGAGGCCGGUUUGUUGCGAAGCUCUUCUGUCCAUGGUCUCAGCCUAUCAUGGGUGGCCAUGUGAUAUCAGAUUAAGUACACUUUCGGUAGGCGUCAAGAAGAGUGUUGUGAUGGGCACCCUCAAUGUGCUGAGCAAGAACAAGUGUUCUUACUGUGUUGCAUCUUGCCGUAAUCUUUAGGCAGUAUAGUUAUGCGUGCGCAAAGCACAAGGAUCAGAAGGAUCACAGUGAUGAGGGCCAGAAUAUAUAUUUCACUAUCAAGGAUGGAACCUGCUCGAAACAAGCAAGUUUGAAACUUCUUGUACGAACCAUUCCGCGUUAUCAAUGUGACGAGUACCUCUCAGCACAUGUCUGCUGCAAUGGUUUGCUAGAGGAGAUGGGAUUCUAGGGCAAGAGAGCACAUUUUCGAGAAGAAUAAACUUUCAGUGUGCGGUAGGUUCAAGUAUUUCUCGACACAGCGAAGUCUAACGAUGAAGCUUUGUUAUUUAAUCCCUUGUUGGUACUUGUUAGGAUUUAUUUAUCGAAGUUUGGUGUCCGCACAUGCAGGUACCAGGUGCUUUAUAGUAAUAUACAACUGAAAAUUAUGAAGCUCAACAACAUCUGAACUUUCCAACACACCUUCAUUAGACAAUAUACGAACUAUUUGCUUGCUAUCAACCCAACAUGUAGUCGCUCGGGGCAGGCUGGAGUAUUUUCAAAAGCUUAUCUGCACAAUCCCAUCAGCGAAAUGGUUUCUUAAUAGUGUACACGAUUAUUUC